AUGGCGUCAAUCAACGAUUCUACUUCGCCUUCUUCUUCUUUCCUGUCGCCAAGUUCCAAUGAUCGCAGUGCGAAUAACGAUGAAAAUCUGCGCCGCCAAGUUGGACAAAUUGUGGCUGAUACACAGCAGACCAUCGACUCGCACCUGACGCUCUUCCGCGUGGGGCUCAUGGUGAUGGUCGCCGCUUCGGUUGGGGCAUGCGUCAAGCUCAGCGGCUUGCUCAAUCGCGUCAAUAAGGUGGAGGAUAUUCCGUUGUGGCAGUUCGCGAGGCGCAAGAAGCUGCGCGUGCGCUUGAUUCGCCAGUCGCGCCAAGACCCGAGCAUCUUCUACGUCUAUCAUACGCCGUUCUUUCGUCGUGUGGUGCUGCAAGACGUGCUACCACAGAGUUUGGCAGUAAGUGUAAGUGGGAAGAAGGAGAGCGACCUGCUCGCAGUUCGACUGUUUGGCGUACAAGUGGAUGAGACCUCGGAGGAGUGGGUAUGGUUCAACUUUGUGUCGUCACAUCGGUAUUUGACGAUUCAGCUGCUGCAACGAAUUAGUGUCGAAGGAAGUGAGAGGGUGGCAACGUGUAAUAUCGCAUUACGGAGGUGGCCCUUGGGAAAAGAUUUUGCUCACGAGCUAGUUUCCCAUGGCUAUGCCGAGUGCAUUCCCGAAAAUCUUGAAAACUACGACAACGGAUCGUAA